AUGAGUUGUAGGGUUAUAAUUUCUUUGGUUAAUUGUUAAUACCUUAUCCUCUCAACUUACCAAAAAUCUUCUCUUGAAGAACAAAAACUUUUCAAACUAAGCAAAGUAAGUCAGCCAAGUUCAGCAUGGCUUCUGCUCCAACAUCCUCCAUAUCCCUGCAAAGCAAUGCCCCGAGAACGAGUUUCCCAUCUUCAUCAUCAUCAGCAACAAAGCAAUUUCAGACUAAUCUUAAAUUUUCUUUUUCUCUCCACUCAACUAAAGUUGCACGCAUAAAAUCUUCAAGUACUACAAAUUACAAUGAAGUUGUUAUUGAUGAAGAGAUGGAUAGGAUCAGGAGGCUUCAAAAUGGUUCCGAUGUUCGUGGGGUAGCAUUGCAAGGCGAGAAGGGCAGGACGGUGGAUCUUACUCCUCCGGCGGUGGAAGCCAUCGUUGAGAGUUUUGGGGAGUGGGUUAUCCAGGGCUUGGAGAAGGAACAAGGACGAGUGGUGGAGGAUGUGAGGGUCUCACUUGGCAGAGACCCCCGAGUAUCAGGAGCUUCUUUGAGUGUAGCUGUGUUUGCAGGCCUUGCUCGUGCUGGUUGCAUGGUGUUUGAUAUGGGACUGGCUACCACUCCAGCUUGUUUCAUGAGUACAAUUCUACCUCCAUUUGCCUUUGAUGCUUCCAUUAUGAUGACAGCGUCGCACUUGCCAUAUACUCGUAACGGCUUAAAAUUUUUCACUAAGAAAGGAGGGCUAACUUCGCCGGAGGUGGAGGAGAUAUGUGACAAAGCGGCUCGGAAGUAUGCAAAUAGGCUUGCAAAAGUAUCAAAAAUGCUCAAUACUCCGCCAACGAGAGUUGAUUUCAUGAGCACUUACGCCAAGCAUCUACGAGACAUCAUCAAGGAGAGAGUGAACCAUCCCUUGCACUAUGACACUCCUCUUGAAGGAUUUCAGAUAAUAGUAAAUGCUGGAAAUGGAUCAGGAGGAUUCUUCACAUGGGAUGUUCUAGACAAGCUUGGAGCAGACACCUUCGGUUCACUUCACUUAAACCCAGAUGGAAUGUUCCCCAACCACAUUCCCAACCCCGAGGACAAAACAGCCAUGGCACUGACCAGAACUGCCGUGUUAGAAAAUUCAGCUGAUCUCGGAAUUGUUUUCGACACAGACGUAGACCGCAGUGGAGUUGUUGAUAAUAAAGGCAACCCAAUCAACAGUGACAAGCUUAUCGCUCUUAUGUCUGCUAUUGUCUUGAAGGAACAUCCUGGUACUACCAUUGUUACCGAUGCUCGAACAAGCAUGGCUCUUUCAAGAUUUAUAACAGAUAGAGGUGGUCAGCAUUGCAUGUAUCGUGUUGGUUAUAGAAAUGUGAUUGAUAAAGGUGUCCAGCUUAAUAAAGAUGGCAUUGAAACACCUCUCAUGAUGGAAACAUCAGGACAUGGUGCUCUUAAAGAAAAUCAUUUCCUUGAUGAUGGGGCUUACAUGGUGGUAAAGAUCAUAAUUGAAAUGGUACGUAUGAAACUAGCAGGAUCAGAUGAAGGCAUUGGAAGUCUCAUAAGUGAUCUUGAAGGACCUUUAGAAUCAGUAGAGCUAAGGAUGAACAUAAUCUCUGAGCCAAGAGACGCUAAAGCAAGAGCUGUUGAGGCAAUUGAAAAAUUUCGAAGCUAUAUCGAGGAGGGGAAACUCGAAGGCUGGGAAUUAGACGCUUGUGGAGACUGUUGGGUAAGCGAUGGUUGUCUCGUGGACUCAAACGAAACUCCAGCAGCUGUGGAUGCAUAUAUGUACAGGGCUAAGGUAUCUGAUAAAGAACAUGGAGAGUACGGUUGGAUACACAUGAGACAGAGCAUCCAUAAUCCAAAUAUUGCUGUAAAUAUGCAGUCAAUGGUUCCUGGAGGAUGCCUUUCUAUGACAAAAGUUCUUAGAGACAGAUUUCUCGUGGCAAGUGGAGUAGACAAAUUCUUAGAUGUCUCUCAGAUCGACAAGUAUGCUGGUACUGGACUAGUGAAAUAAGAUGAAGAAAAGAUAUUGAAACUGGGUUAAUUAUGACGUAUAGGUCUAUGAGAAAAAAAGAAAGUUAUGAUGUAUAGGUACAGUUUUCUAUUGAAAAUUCAUCAACUCUCUAAGAAAAACAUACCUCUGCCUCUAUAUCUAUAAUUUAUCAUUUUUUUCCCAACUCGAAUUCGUUUACGUAAAUUCAAAAAAUUUCUAACGCAUAGAUAAGUGAGUUUUACUCUCAAUCAGAAUAAUUUGAUACAUUGAUAAUAAUAUAAAUAAUAAUUUUUUAUUAUAAAAUUUAAUUUAGCAGUAUUACUCUCAAUCAGAAUAAUUGCAAAAAAAAAAAAGAAAUCCAGUAAAUAAGAAGGCCUGUUGAUAGAGUUAGAGCCCUAUCCGUCCCAUUUGUGAAAGAUGCCCAUUACAAGUUGAAUUAAUUUCAUGCAUACAUUCAAUUGGUUCACACAAGCAGUAGCGGACUCGGAAAGAGAGAGAAAGCGCAGCGCGGCACGGAAAAUGGUGGCCGGCAGAGGUCGUGUGUCUCAACACUCUCUUUCAGCUAUAGUAAUUUUUUUAAGGUCUCCUUUUGCAGGUUUGAUGUUUUUGCUGUGUGGAUGUUUUUUAAUCUGUUUUUUAUUUUUUGGUUCGUUUUCGGUAUUUUUGAUCUUGAAACUUUUUUUGAUACAAAUGUUUGUUCAUCGGUAGUUUUGGUAGUGGUUCGCUGUGUUGUUUUGCUGGAAGUGACGAAAGUUAAAUGAAAAUGAAUGUCGAAGCACUGAUUUGCUCUUUGAAAGUGGCUUCAUGGCUAUACAAA